AUGGCCCCAGCUCGCCGAGCCCAGCCGUCCUCCAUCUCCGUUCCUCCUCCCGCCCCUGCUCCCUCCCUCGUCGAUCUCCCGCCCAUUGCCGCCCUGUUUCUCAUCGACUUCGACGUCAAGGCCGGCUACACAAUUGUCUGGAAACAGUCCACGCCGGGACUUGAACUCGAGGGUCUCGUCGAGUACAAAUCGCUGCCGUCUGGCCUUCAUACCGUCUCUGACGAUCUCAUCUACUUUGUCCACGAUGGCGCACAUGCUGGCUUGAGCGCAUUUGUCAAUGAGCCGUGUGAAGAGGAAGAGGCCCGUCAUGCUCGCAUGAUUGCCGUGGGCAUUCUGGUCCCCCUCAGCUAUGGAAGGCUAGGACGGGCAUGGAGACAUGCCGAAAACCUGAAGAAAAUGGCAGCGAACCUCGCCAAGAAUCGCAACCAGACCGAAAUAUUAGAAAAGUACUGGGACUCCAACAAGGCCAAAGAAGGAGAGACCUUUUCCACCGUCAAUACGCCCAUUUCUCCAGUGCCAGACCAGUUACGCAGGACCCAUGGUAGACACUCGUCCCUCACUGAUGGCGUCUCUCUGUUCCAGCCUGAGCACAAACUAUCUCCUUACCACCCUGCCUGGAGCCUGGCCGAGCUGCUGGACAGCUUCGGCCCCUUGAUAUUCCCCAUCCACCGCGCCGCCCUGCUUCGACAGCGCAUAUUGAUUUCUUGUCACGCUCCGGUACAUGAGAUUUGCAACUUUGUAUAUAACAUCUCCAUCUUAUCCAAUAUCCCUCUCUCCAUCACAGACUCCCUGCCUACGCCUGCUCCGCCCCAGCGUCUUCGACCUCUGUUCAGCAUCGGCGUGCAUGAUAUUUCGUUUCUCAUGGAUGACCUCAAGGCAUCCAAGCGUGACCGCAGCGAUGAAAGUGCCGUCGAUGAUGCCGAUGAAUCAGGGUCUGGGUGGAUUGCCUGCACCACGGACAGCAUCCUCGCCACUAAAGACACCCUUUGGGACAUGCUCAUCACCAUGCCGCCAGACUACUCGGCAAACGCCAAAGACAAAGCUUGGCCGGUGGUAGAGUAUGCCGGCGGCAAAAUCGUCAAGGCCACCCAGCGUGACCUUCGUCGCUUCAACGCACUGCGUACUGGCCUCGCACGCCUGGCUGCAAUCGCGCCAACCGUCCCCACAGGCCAAGAUCCUCGAUCCCCCGAAUCCGAGACCUCAGCAGUGAGACUGUCGACUGGCCACUCCGCUCGGGUGGUCAAAGACGAGCCCUAUGGCGCCGCCGACAAGCUCAUCGAGCCUGUCACCUGGGCAGCCUUUGCCUACAACGGCUUCAUGUGGUGGGCCAGCGCGGGCGAGCAGAUCCGCUCAGAAGAGCAAGAAGAGUCGACGCGCGAUGCCGCCCUUCUCGCGGACAUGCUAUUCCCAGCCAGCCCCCGCGCCUCCAUGUCACUUCCGCUGUCCACUACACCUUUGCAAUUAGAGCCCCUGAGCAACUCCAUCGCCUCCCUUGCUGGCCGCCGCGGCAGCGUCGAUGGCGAAGCCAACAUUGAGCUGGCCAUCAUCACCUACUUCCACCGCCUCACCACGCAGAUGCUUUCCGUCAUGGUGGACAUUGUCGAUUCUGCGGAUGAGACAUACCGCGAUAACGACGAGGGCGACGACGAAAACGACGAGAACGAAGACUUGAUUCCCAACGGCGGCGAUGACUCUGAUCUCUCCGCCAUCACCAUAGACAGCCGGUCCAUAGAGACUAUGGGCCUAGACGUAUGGAGCGCCAGCGACGCCCUCUUUGUGCAGGAGCUCGCUGCCGUGUACUUUGGCAGACAGGCCGUUAUUGAGGGCAAGGGCGUCGAGGUUUGCGGCGUGCGAGUAUGUUGA